AUGUACAAGGAAAUGCAGAAGCAAAAAUCACUGUUGGAACUCACUCAUUUGCUGGUCGAGAAGGACCAUUCAUGGGUGGAAAGUAAAAAGAAGAUGGAUGGGACAAUUUCCCUGGUGCCGUCACACGACAGAGGAGAAGAAGAAGAAGAGACCAGAUCUAUUCAUAAGUAUACCCCAUUGCUUAUGGCAACCAGCACCGGAAUAGCACAAAUUGUGGAAAAAGUUCUUCAGUUGCACCCUCAAGCGGCAGAGGCACACGACAUUGAUAAUCAACAAAACAUUCUGCACAUCGCCAUCAAGCACCGCCGGCUUCAGAUCUUUAAGCUGGUGAAAAAGAGUAAAUCAUUAACGUUAAGGAUGGCUAUGAAGAAUGACCGUGAUGGCAACACCAUAUUGCACCAAGCUGCAUACAUGAGAUAUUACUCUGCAAACACUCAACGGGUAGGUGGUCCUGCAUUGCAGUUGCAAGAAGAACUGCGUUGGAUGGUGCGUGUGGAAAAGAUAAUGCCACCUCACUACAUCACGCACCACAACCAUAAGGGUCUGACAGCGGAGGAGCUCUUCAAUAGUGAGCAUGCAAAGCUUCUUCAGUCGGCACAAGAAUGGAUGAAAGGGACUGCUCAGUCAUGCUCGACCGUGGCGGCUCUGGUGGCCACCGUGGUCUAUGCAGCCGCGUACACGGCUCCCGGGGGUUAUGAUUCCAACGGGCUUCCUCUUCUCCGGGAUUCCGCUUUCUUUGUCACUUUCGCCAUUACCAACACUGUCUCGCUUAUCAGCUCGUUGGCUUCUUUGGUCACGUUUCUCUCUAUCCUCACGUCGCCGUUUGAGUACCAAGACUUUUACCGUUCUCUUCCGUUCCGGCUACAUUUAGGGUUCACCCUUCUGUUCUUCUCACUGGUAACUAAUGUUUUGAAAGGCAUGCCUAAGCGCGCCUGA